GGUGAAUUGAGGUUUAAAAGUCUGCAUUCUUAAAAGUAAGACAGCUGAGCAGCAUUUGGACUCAGUAUGGGACGAAUAUUCCUUUGGGGAGGUUUUGCCAUCUUGCUGUUUCUUCAGAGCAGUUUUGCUUUCAAAGUGGUUUGCUAUUUCACCAACUGGGCUCAGUACAGACCAGACAAAGGGCGAUUCCUUCCUCGUGACAUUGACCCUAAUGUGUGCACUCAUCUCAUUUACGCAUUUGCGGGAAUGAAAGGAAACGAGAUUGCAACUCUGGAAUGGAACGAUGUGGACCUCUACAAGGAAUUCAAUGAUCUCAAAAAGAAGAAUCCAGGACUGAAGACACUGUUAGCUAUCGGUGGAUGGACAUUUGGUAGUGCAAAGUUUUCAGCCAUGGUGGCCACUCCUGCCAAUCGUCAGGCAUUUAUUCUCUCAAUGAUUUCUUUCCUAAGGAAGUAUAAUUUUGAUGGCCUAGACUUAGAUUGGGAAUAUCCUGGUGCCAGAGGCAGUCCUGCAGAGGAUAAAAUGCGCUUCACUGCUUUGGUUCAGGAAUUGGAGAAAGAAUUCCAGGCAGAAGCCCAACGGACAAAAAAGGAAAAGCUGUUGUUGACUGCAGCUGUAGCAGCUGGGAAACAAACCAUUGACAGUGGCUAUGAAGUCGAUAAAAUCUCAAAGUCUCUGGACUUCAUUAACCUCAUGACAUAUGACUUCCAUGGAUCUUGGGAUCCGAAGACCGGACAUGUCAGCCCUCUGGUCCCUGACACUGAUGAUGCUGUGAACUACUGGAAGAGCAAUGGGGCACCAUCUGAAAAGAUUAUUCUGGGAAUCCCUCUUUAUGGACGAAGCUUCACUCUUUCUUCCUCACAAACUGGACUCAAUGCACCAGCCUCAGGGCCUGGAACCGCUGGGAUUUACACAAGAGAGGCUGGGUUCUUGUCUUAUUAUGAGAUCUGCACCUUUAAAGAAGGUGCCACCACAGAAGUGAUUGAACAACAAAAAGUUCCAUAUUCUUUCAAAGGAAACCAGUGGGUAGGGUAUGAUGAUGUGAACAGCAUUAAAACUAAGGUUGCGUAUAUGAAGCAAAACAAUUUGGGAGGUGGCAUGGUUUGGGCCAUGGAUCUUGAUGACUUUGGUGGCUCCUUCUGCAAUCAAGGGAAAUACCCACUUCUUCAAACUCUCAGGAGAGAGUUGGGGCUUAAAGACCUGUCUCCAAAUCCCAGACUUCCAACUUCAGAGGAAAAUUCAAGACCCAAUCCACCAGAAUCCAAUCCAUCAGAACCCAACCCACCGAAAGCCGUUCCACCUACAUCAGACAACUUUUGUAAUGGCAAGGCUGAUGGGUUCUAUACUAACCCACAAGAUGCCACAAAGUACUAUAUGUGUGGCAGUAAUAGAGCCUACAGCUUUUCUUGCCCAGGAGGGCUAACGUUUGACAUUCAAUGCAAAUGUUGCAAUUAUCCUCAGUAAAACGCACCUCAUAUCGAUUAACUCCAAUGAUGGAUGCAUUGCAUUUUAAUCAGAGCUAACUAGAAUUUCAUAUGCAUAUAAUCAGAGCCAAGGAAAAAUAGCUAUUUUCUGUAUGCUAUUAUUCUCCUCAGUGUGUCCAGCUAUAUGCUACUCCAGUUCUCAAAUACCAAAGUAAUGUUAUCCAUUCAUAAUUGUCAUUAAGAGUGAGAAUGAUAUUGCGAUAACAAUAUUGAAGAAGUCUGAGAGUUGCAGUCCAAGAACAUCAGGAGACCCUCAUGAUUCCCACUACAUCUUAUAUCAAACCACAAGAUACAAGCAACCAUUGUAAUUUCCUUAGAAUAAUAUGUAUUGUUACAUAUUCUUUGUUCUUGUCUCCUAUUUUGCUAUAUAGAAAAUUAUUGGAAAUAAAUUUGUCUCAAAGCAGA